AUGGGUGCAACACGCUACUUAAAUAUCGACGACGAGGCAUCUAUCAUAACCAUCGUGAACGAGCCUUCACCAGAUGUUCCCUAUUUCACACCCAAGCAAGACCCAGUUUCAGGCACAGCCAUUGCCACAAAGACUGAAGGAAAAGAAAUCCCACCUCUUUUCACUCCCUUGAAGAUUAGAGGUGUAGAGCUCCAGAACCGUAUUCUGCUUUCACCCCUCUGCCAGUAUUCCGCCGAAGACGGCCACCAAACCGACUGGCAUUUUGCGCAUCUGGGCGGUAUCAUAUCACGUGGCCCAGGGCUUUCCUUCAUCGAAGCCACUGCCGUUGUGCCCGAAGGACGCAUUACGCCCGAGGAUUGCGGGCUCUGGAAAGAUUCUCAGAUCGCACCUCUGAGACGCAUUGUGCAAUUUGCGCAUAGUCAGGGCCAGAAGAUCGGUAUCCAACUUGCUCAUGCUGGACGAAAAGCAAGCACCGUGGCCCCGUGGCUGAGCAUGUCGCGUGGUCCUGCUGCCCCUACAAAGAAUGUCAAUGGAUAUGAAAAUGACGGGUUCACACCGGCUCAUGGAUGGCCAGACAAUGUGAUGGCACCUAGUGCCAUCGCUUACAAGGACAAGAAUAUCAUUCCACACGAGAUGACCCGUGAUGAUAUCAAGUCACUAGUCAACGCAUUUGGAGACGCAACCAAGCGAGCCAUCGAAGCCGGAUUCGACGCCAUAGAGAUCCACGGAGCACACGGCUACCUUCUCCACCAAUUUCUCUCUCCAGCCUCCAACAAGCGCACAGACGAUUACGGCGGCAGUUUCGAGAACCGCACCCGUGUCGUCGUCGAAAUUGUAGAUCUCACACGCCAAAUCAUGCCCAAGGACAUGCCCCUUUUCUUCCGAGUUAGUGGAAGCGAGUGGUUGGAACAUCUUGCCCCUGAACCCAGCUGGGAUAUCCAAGAAUCGAUCAAACUCGCCAAGAUCCUAGCCACCCGCGGCGUCGACGUCCUCGAUGUAUCCAGCGGUGGAAAUGAUCCCCGACAAAAGAUUAAGGGGGGCCCGGGAUACCAGGCUCCGUUUGCUCGCCAGAUUAAAUUGGCGGUAGGAGAUAGUCUUUUGGUGGGAACAGUCGGAUCCAUCACUUCGGGUGUGCAAGCAAACGAUUUGUUGAAGGACAAUGGGCUGGACAUGAUUUUCAUCGGGAGAAUGUUCCAGAAGAACCCAGGUCUAGUCUGGACGUUUGCGGAUGAGUUGGAUGUAGAUACCAAGGUCGCAAACCAGAUCCAAUGGGGUUUUGGUGGACAUCGCAGAAAGUGA